AUGCAGCAGUCGCAGCCUCCACCCCUUGCCUAUUCAGUACCUGACGGAUGGAAAAUUAUUUUUCCACGAAUAACAGUUCUUAUCUUGGCUGUUAUUGAAACUGUGCUAGUCGCAUUAUUAUUGAUGUUGGAAAUAGCUAGUUUAGCAUUAUUGACAUAUCGACAAACUGGAGUAGGAAUAUGGGCACUUUUGGUUUAUAUUCCAGCAAUUGUUCUAACAUUUCUGCUCGAAUACAAAGUUUUACAAGAAAUAAAAAAAAUAUUGUACAAACGUAUUGAAAUUGAUACUGCCUAUGCACAGCAACUUCAAGAAUUAACAGCAUAUAUUGAUAAUAAAAUACAAUGGCCAUCAAUGCAUCCUAUUAGUAGUGCAUCUCAUGAUUUAUUCAUGCAGUGGUCUACAAUGGCGUCGUUAAUUACUUCAAAUGCGGAAAAUUUCAAAAAGAAUGUUAUAGAAGAUAAUCUGGAACAAUUGAUCAAACAAAAACUGGACACACGAAAAUAUUUAGACGAAGAAAAAAAACGUCUUGAUAACGAAAGACGAGAAGCACAAAAUGGUUUAAGCGAGACUCAGUCAAAAUAUCUGAUACAAGCACAAGCCAUGGCAGCGGCAACUUCAAAAUUUCGUACUAUUAAUACAAAUCCAAAACAGAGUGAAGAAGCUAAACAACAAGCAAAACAAAAAUGCCACUCUGUGAAAAAAGAUUUACAUUUAAUACAUAACGAAUACAUAUUAAAAUUGAAUGAAACGAAUUUUGUCGAAGGACAACAUGUAAAUUCAAUAAAAAGGUUUCUAACCUAUCAUGAAGAUACACAAAAUAUUUUAAGUAAUUCCUGGAAGACAAUAUUGGAAAAAUUAGCCGAUUAUACAGAUUGUACGCGAACAGAAUUUAGAACAAUUGUCGAUAAAACUUAUCAAAUUACAAAACCUAUCGAACCAAAAUCAUGUUAUCUAGAAUUUUGUAAAAAUAAUUCGAAUUGUAAACGCAUAACGGCACGUGUAGAAGAAUUCAAUGACAGUUUGUUGAAAACAGCCGGUGUGGAUGAUUUAUAUAUAAAUAAAAUAGCUGCCGAUAUAUUAACAAUUGAAGAUUUAAACGACAAACUUAAAGCACUGAGUUCGAAUGAAAAAAAUUGUCAGAUACCAACUACUAUCAAUCAGAAAGCAAUUGGUCAAGUGAAAAAUAGCGAAGAUUCCUAUAAGGUACAUAAAGAUAUAUUCGUUGAAGAACAAAAUAUAGAAAGUUUACAAGCAAAAUCAGUCUGGCAACGUCAAGUACGAUCGAUUUUGGAAGAUGCUCUCAGCGAUAGUGGAGCAACUAGUGGACAACUACUGGAUAAUUGCGUGACAUUUUCUCCGAUAUCGCUUACAAAUAAACUUGAAGAUCAACCAUAUUUUCAUGGCAUCAUGCCCCGACAGGAUGCUGCUAAAGAACUAAAAGCAAAAGGUGAUUUCCUUGUAAGAGUUAAUGAUAAAGAGCAAUGCGUUUUAUCAUUACUGUGGACUCGUUCAAAUGAUCCAUCAGCAGUCGAAGAUCGACAUUUUGUCAUUAAUUUUACUAAUAAUAAAUAUUCAUUUGUAAAUGGGGGUGCGGUUAAACCAUCCGUUAAAGAGCUAAUCGAUUAUUAUUUGCUCAGCAAAGAAGAAUUAAAAACAGAUGGUACAAAACUUAUUCGACCUGUUGAACGUCCCGGUUUUAUUAUUGAUAAUGAUGAAAUUAUCAAAAAUGAAAAGCUUGGCCAAGGCAAUUUUGGACAAGUAGUGAAAGCAGAGUACAGAAAGCGAAAUGUAGCUGUUAAAAUUUUACAUAUGCCUUCCAAUCCAAAUAAACCUACAGCACAAAUGCAAAACGAAAGAAGUAACUUUAUCAAAGAAGCAUUAAUGUUAUCGGAGUAUAAUCAUAAAAACAUUGUCAAAUUUAUUGGUAUAGCCGCAAUGAAAGAUCCCAUCAUGAUUGUUAUGGAACUUGUUGAAAAAGGAAGUUUGGAUGAAUAUCUUAAAAAGGCUAUAAAGGGGCCAAGUCGAAACCAAUUAACAAAAUUUUGUCGAGAUAUUGCUGAAGGAAUGGCUUAUCUUGAACAGCAACGAGUUAUACACCGUGAUUUGGCCGCUCGUAAUUGUUUAGUGGACAAAAAUGAUAAUGUUAAAGUUGCCGAUUUUGGUCUGUCAAGAUGUUUAGAACAUGGUGAAGAAUAUUUUUCGACGUUAAAAGCAGUACCAACAAGGUGGUGGGCUGCUGAAUUAUUUGCACACGAGCCCUAUACUCAUAAAAGUGAUGUGUGGAGUUAUGGUGUUACAAUAUGGGAGAUAUUUAGCCAAGCUAAAACCCCCUAUAAUGGCCUGGCUAAUCAUGAAGUGAUAGACUAUGUCCAACGAGGCGAACGUUUGAAACAACCACCAGCAUGUAGUGACUUUAUAUACAAAUUAAUGACACGUUGUUGGCUUAUGCCAGUCAUGCAUCGUCCUAGUUUUAAGCAAAUUGUAGAAAUUUUCGCCAAAGAAACAAGCAUUUUCACGGGGUUAGAAAAUUUGUUAUCUUGA